AUGGGUGCCUCCCGUGCCGACAAGGAGCUCUACUUCGUCAAGCUUCGCCAGCUUAUUGAGAAGUACCCCUCCCUCUUCAUCGUCAACAUCGACAAUGUCUCGUCGCAGCAGUGCCACAUGAUCCGUCAGUCGAUCCGUGACAACGGUGUCGUCCUCAUGGGCAAGAACACCAUGGUCCGCCGUGCUCUCCGUUCCAUGAUCGCCGACUUCCCCGAGUAUGAGAAGGUCCUCCCCUACGUCAAGGGCAACGUUGGCUUCGUCUUCACCAACGGUGACCUCAAGGACGUCCGUGAGACCAUUGUCUCCAACGUCGUUGCCGCCCCCGCCCGUGCCGGUGCCCUCGCCCCCGUCGACGUCUACGUCCCCGCCGGCAACACCGGCAUGGAGCCCGGAAAGACCUCUUUCUUCCAGGCUCUCGGUAUCCCCACCAAGAUUGCCCGUGGUACCAUUGAGAUCGUCAACGACGUCCAGGUCGUCGCUGCCGGCUCCAAGGUCGGUUCGUCCGAGGCUACCCUCCUUAACAUGCUCAACAUCUCGCCCUUCACCUACGGUAUGACUGUUGUUGCUGUUUACGACGACGGCUCGAUCUUCGCCCCCUCGGUUCUCGACAUCGAGGAGAAGUCCAUCCUCGAGGCCUUCCAGUCGCAGAUCAAGACCAUUGCCGCCAUCUCGCUCGCUACCGGCAUCCCCACCCUUGCCUCGGUCACCCACUCCCUUGUCAACACCUACAAGGACCUCCUCGCCAUCUCGGUCGCCACCGACUACACCUUCGAGGGUUCCGAGAAGAUCAAGGAGUACCUCGAGAACCCCGAGGCCUUCGCCGUUGCCGCCGCCCCCGAGGCUGCUGCCGCUGGCGGUGACGCCCCCGCCGCCGAGGAGAAGAAGGAGGAGGAGGAGGAGGAUGAGGACGACGACAUGGGCUUCGGUCUCUUCGACUAA